UUUCAUUACAACACUUUUUAUAAUUAGUAUAUGGCAUACUAAUCAUGGUUUGGGACGUUACUAUUAUUCAUAAUAUUGUAUUACCCACUUUAUUCCUUUUGUUUGUGUGGUACGUUAUGCGGAGAAAGUCUGACGCAUCGCCAUUUAACAACAUGUACAAAAAGACUCCACCUGAGGCUGACGGAGCACAACCCAUACUUGGCCACCUCAAUCUACUCGGCAGCGGAGAUAUUCCUUUAUGCCGGAAACUUGGUGUGUUGGCUGAUAAACACGGCUCCAUCUUCACCCUCCGACUAGGGAUUAUACCAAAGAAUCGUGGUGGUUAACAGCUGGGGAAGGUGUCAAGGAUUGUUUCACCACCAAUGACAAAGUCACGGCUGCUCGGCCGACUUCACGGUCGGGAAAUACCUCGGCUACAAUAACGCUGUCUUCAGCCUCCACACCUCCAGCCCGUAUUGGCGCAAAAUGCGUAAGUUUGCUGUCACAGAGCUACUUUCAUCGCAAAAGCUCGAGAAACUAAAGCAUCUACGCGUGUCUGAGGUGCAUACCAGCCUCGGAGAGUUGUACCUGCUAGUAACUAGCUCUCCGACAGGAAAAACCAAAACAGUAGACAUGAAUGAUUGGCUUCGACAGCUAACAUUAAACUUGAUCUUAACGGUUGUCGCCGGGGGAAGCGGUUCAAGUUUUAAGAUCAGUGAAGAUGAUGAAUGCACGGAGUUUAAAAAGGCACUUCAUAUCAUUGAGGUGUUCAAGGAAUUUAUGUACCUCAUAGGUCAGUGUUUGUACGGAGACGCUUUUCCCAUUCUGGAUCGUAAGGUUUGUGGAGUUGAAGCGCCCCGUGGUUAAAUGCAUGGGGAGGGAUCAUGAAAGAGUUGGAUUCCAUUCUUCAAAGCUAGUUAAACGAACACGUCAAACAUAGACGACAACGAUCAACGACAGUUGAAUUCGGGAAUAACAAUAAUCAAGAUUUCAUUGAUGUCAUGCUUUCUUUGAUUGAUGACGACUUCUCUCGGGGGCUCAUUUAUCCUCAUGAAACCAUUAUAAAGGCAACUGCAUUGAGUAUGAUCAUCAACGGGGUCUGAUACAACAGCGAUGCACUUGACCUGGUUGAUGUCAUUAGUAGUGAAUCACGCUAACGUAAUGGAGCGCUUACGAGAUGAAAUAGAUUCAAAAGUCGGGAAAGAUAGAUGGGUGGAAGAUGCCGAUAUUAAAGAUUUCCAUUACCUCCACGCGUAGUGAAAGAGACAUUGCGGCUAUACCCACCGUUGCCGACUUACACUCCUCAUGUUGCGGUAGAGGAUUGCAAGGUUGGUGGUUAUGACAUUCCCAAAGGCACACAUUUGUAUGUGAAUGCCUGGAAAGUGCACCGUGAUCCACGAAUCUGGUCGGAACCCCGAUAAGUUCCGACCAGAGAGAUUCUUGGUCGAUGCGACGGGGCCGGAAACGCCUCCUCCAUGGAAAAAUUUUGAGUACAUUCCAUUUGGCAGUGGGAGACGGUCUUGUAUUGGCAAUACCUAUGCAAUGCAAAGUUACGUAUCUUAUUAUUGCCCGUUUUAUCCAAGGAUUCAAUUUGGAGACACCUUCAAAUGAACGGUUGGAUAUGAGUGAAGGUUUGGGGAUUACUUUGCCACGGGCUACCCCAUUAGAUGUGGUCAUCACCCCUCGCCUACCCCCAAGCUUUUAUUUUGACUCUACUUAAUCACUUAAUUUCCUUUUGUAAAUAAAUAUAAACAACUCCUCACAGCCACAUUUAAUUAUGCAAUGUUAUUCUUGUUUCCCAAAUGAAAUAAGCUUGAAAUCUAGUUGGUCUAAGAUGUAUGUAUGUUUUCGAAAAAUAACGGCGAGUAAAAAUUUGGUCCCUUAAAUUUGGGGAAAGCUAGCUAUUUGGGCUAAAAUUAGGUAUAGUCUUUCAGCCCAAAGAGGCUUAGACUAUUCAGAGGGUUACAUGUAUGUGUACCUAAAAUACUGGGGAACAAACAGAGUGAUGUCAUGCCAAUGUGUGAUGAUGUCAAUCCGGGUAACAGACUGAUAAUGUCACAGGUAAUUCAAGCCCUUCUAGAAAUUGGGAUCGUGACGCCGACGGGAGGUUGAGUGACGCAAGCCUCGGAUGCAUGAAUUUUUGGAAACGACUAAGUGUCAAACUCUCACCGCACCGAGGUGAAUCAAGUCGCCUCGGCCUCUUCCAAUCUCGUAAGCAAAAUAUCCAUAGUAGCUGUCACCGGGCUAGGGCUCGGGCUCGAGCUCACUGGAGCGCCUCCUCCUGGUGUGUAUUAUAACCCUGCCAACCCGUAGUUAUUGGUGAUGUGGCCUCGGUCUCAUCAACCAAUACUUGGGCUACUGUCGUGGACCUUCAAAUCUGAUUCCCCUUGGCUUAUACUCCAUCAACAAAUAUGACCAAAGAAAAAAGACAAUGGGAAUAUUUAUGGUUAGAUUUUACAAUGUUCUUGAUAAAUGUUUGGGUAAUCUAAGCGCUACAAAAUUUAAUAAAUGCAAAAUUUCAUUGUUAAACCAUCAUAGUUAUAAUACAAAAUGAGGAACAUAAACACAGAUAAGAGGGGAAAUUGACCUAAAUACGAUUAAACAGGUUUUAAAAUUCCAAAAUAGGAUUGCUAUGUUUUUC